GUUGUAAACAACAAAAUGAUAAGUUUAUUUUACACGUUUCAUACAACAAAUUUUAUUUUUUUACUUUUACUGUUUUAUGGUGUCAAAUGUAACCCGAAGCCAGUCGGAGAAGAGUGGGUUUUAUUAACAAAACCUCAGAAUUAUCGAACGAAUACAGUUAAAGAUUUAACAAGCCCUAGGACUUUUACACCUAUUUACGAUGACAUUAGCAAUGUGAAAUUUGAUAAACUAUUUCCAUCAGACCCAUUCCUUUAUGACCAAGACACAGAAUUUACAACUCCUAAACCUGGUCACCGGUCUAUUUAUAAUACAUUUCCAUCAGAAACAACAUUAAAAGGGGACCAAAUAAAAUAUUCGGAUGUAAUACAAUGCUUGUGGUGUUUUACGGAUAGAGGUUUUAUGUCUGAUGAAAGUUGUUACAGCGGUAAAACACCAGCAAAAUUACGAUGUUCAUCGAAUGAAAUAUGCUAUACGGAGCUUCAUCCACAGUAUAUAAGACGAGGUUGUUUCAAGCCGAAUAAAAUGAAUAAAACCUUUGUAUGCAACUGUCCACUUUGCAAUGAUAAAACUGUAUACCAAUCAGUUUAUUACGAAUAUAAAAGAAUAUCUGAUUGGGAUUAUCAUAACAAGCGAAUUCAAAUACCAAUAGCAGGAAUGCAAUUAAUAUGUAAAACUUGUGAAACAAGAGGUCGUGAUGCUCUUACUGAUGAUAAAUGCAGAUUUGGUACAAUUGAUGAUUACGUGGUUUGUGGACGCAAUCAGGUGUGCUAUGUAAACCAUGAUGAAGAAAAUGAUUUUGUUACAAGAGGAUGUAUAAAUACUCCAGCUUACAAUUCCAUGUUUUACUUAUGUAAUAAUUCGUUGUGUAACUCUAAACCCUUCAAUAUACCUAAAAUACGUUCAGAACAAUUACUGUUAAAUGAUAUGUCCCAUAACAAUUCUAUUCAUACCAAGAGUAUUGGUGUCACCAUAAAUGACUUCAAUGUAUUUAAAAUAUUAUUUUUAUUAAAAGCAGUAUUUGCUAUCAUGAAACAUAACUUGUCAUAGUCGUAGAAUUAUAUUUCUAAAAAUGACAACUUUGAUAUACGUAUUGUCAAAAUGUCACAACUUUUCUAAAACAAUGAGAAGAAUUGUUUUUAAUUUAUUUUUAUUAAUACAUUUGGCGAAUUGCAUUGAAAAGCAAACGCCAAAGGUUAAAAACCUAUUGCCUAACUUUCGCCGACAAGUUGAAGAAAUUCCAGAAGAAUUUACGACAGAGAAAAGCGAAGAUGACGCAAAUUUAAAUUUAGUUGCCUUCCUUGUUAAAAAUGCUAAAGAAAUAUUUGGUGAGACCGAGGAUAACACUGACGUUGUAACAAAAACCUCAAAAAUUACUGAAACAACAACAUUUCGACAAAAAACAACAUUGCUUAAAGAUAGACGGACGUUACCGGCAGACCGAACAUUUUCUGACGAGAAUAUAUUUCUCGAACAGAGACCAGCUCUCGAAGAAAGAACGGUACUCAAAGAAAAAACAUUAACCGAAGAAAAAAUAUGGCCUGAAGAGAGCACAUUUCCCAUAGCAAAGGCAUUUACCGAAGGGGUAUCUAUAGAUGAGGAAACUUUUAACAAAGAAGGGACGUUACCCGAAGUAAUGACAUCUUCUGUGCCGUUUUCCAAGAAAACAUUAUUUGCUGUAAAAUCAUCUAAAAGUCUGUUAAGAAAUUUAACCACUAAUACGAUUAACGAUUUCACUACUGUAUGGUCACCAUCUUUAUCAAAUCCACUUGGUACUAUUUCUUCUACCACCACUACCACGCCUACUACGACAAGUAUCCGUUACUCUUUGUCCAGUCCCUUGACAUCCUAUUUAGAAAAUACAACGACACAGUCGUACAAGUUACCCACAAGAACCACUGGUAUAGAAUAUACAAUAAAUGUUGAAUCAAUAAAAAGCGACCUAUUGAACAUAACGAAUGUUCAAAUUAUUGAGAAAGGCAAAAAAGAACCAAUCAUGCUUACGAGAAAACAAGACCGCAUGCAUGACGAUAUUUCUAUCUAUAACGUACCAGUUGCUGCAAAAGAAAUAGGCUCAUUAAAAAGAUCUUGUAUAGCAUGUAAUAAUAUUCAAAUGCACGAAUGCAAUGAACCUAAAAACAAAAUGCUUCCAAAUACGCGUUGUGAAAAUGAAGAAGAUUUGUGUUAUACACAACAAACUCCGUUUGGUCUGAUAGAUAGAGGAUGUUUCAAUAUUAAUCAAAAUAUAUCAACUUACGUGUGCUCCUGCAAUCUUUGCAAUUAUAUUCCUAUUUCUGAUAUGCCUUAUAAAUUUUCUAAAAGGAAAGAUUGGCUUGAUAAUAUUAUAGAUUUAUCGAGAACAAGGAAUUUUCGCUCGUCUAUUUUUAAAAAUAUGUCGUGCUUAAGUUGUGAAGUUAAUACUACGUCUCCAUCUUCAAUACUGUUGGAGCAUUUAAACUGUCAAGAAGGGAAUAUUGGAAUUUUACCAAAAGUACAAUGCGCUGAUGAUGAAAUCUGUGGCGUCAAGGCUCUCAAGAACAAAGGUUACGUAUGGCGCGGUUGUCUCAGAAGUCCACUCUACAACUACUGGUGGUCUUUAUGUGAUAGUGAUUUGUGUAAUACUGAUAAUAUUGUGUCUUUAUACGAUGAGAUUCGAUAGUGCAAUUGUAAAUGUAUUUAGAGAAAAUUAAUAACGAUUUUAUUUUUAA